AUGCGAUCAUUACAUCUUUUAGUGUCCUCGGCUCUGGCAUUGCUGGCCACUGCUGCUGAGAACACCACUUGCUCAUCUGAUCUAGAAGCCUUGACUGUAGCCAAUAUUGAUGACGUUCGUGGCAACUUACACCUUCCGCCUACGGCCAAGAGCGGUCUCAAUGUCACCUGGAGCAGCAGCAAUGAGCCCGUCGUGUCAAACGAUGGCAUUGUCGGCCGACAGAACGCCACUACUCAGGUUGGCCUCACAGCGACCAUAAAUUGCAACGGAAAGCCAGCCACUCGCCAAUUCUCUGCUUCAGUCCGUCAAGCAGCAAAGAUUGGUGCAUUCGAGGGCUAUGCAUUUGCCUACUUCACCAACAACACCAAAUCUGGAGAGAACAUUUAUUUUGCAGCCAGUAACGGCAACAAUGCUUUGUCAUGGAAAGAGCUCAACGGUGCACAGCCUGUUCUGAAGUCGACCCUUGGUACCACUGGGCUCCGCGAUCCUUUUAUCAUCCGCUCUCACGAGGGUGAUACUUUCUACCUUAUCGCGACCGAUCUCUCCAUCGGUUCCGGAACUUCCUGGGGCGACUCAGUCAAGUUUGGAAGUCGCUACCUGGAAGUCUGGGAAUCUCACGACCUCAAGACUUGGUCAGAGCAUCGUCAUGUCUUGGUUUCCCCUGCUGAAGCGGGUAACACUUGGGCCCCUGAGGCAUAUUAUGAUGAAGGUAUUGGUGCUUAUGUCGUCUUCUGGGCUUCUUCUCUCUACAACUCAACUGAUGUGGACCGUACGGGAGCGACUUAUCACCGCAUGCUCUAUGCCACAACCAGAGACUUUGUGACUUUCAGCGAGCCCCAAAUCUGGCAAGAUGCCGGCAUGUCGCGUAUCGACUCUACGGUUUUGAAAGAGGGCGAUACCUACUAUCGCUUUACAAAGGAUGAAGGUGCUGGUGAGACUGGAUGUACCGACAUCAUUCAAGAGAAGUCGACUUCGUUGAGAGCCACGUUAGGUUCUUGGACCAAUGUCGCUACUUGCAUUGGUAAGAAGGCCGGCACUGCCAAUGUCGAAGGUCCUACAGCUUUCAAAUCCAAUCCUGGAGAUGUGAACGGUGACAACUUCUACCUGUUCGUCGACGAAUUCACCGGGCGUGGAUACAUUCCUCUUUCGACCAAGAACAUCGCCAGCCCCAACUGGACAGUACCUGCAUCUUACAAGCUCCCUCCUAGCCCGAGACAUGGAACUGUCUUACCUAUCACUGCUGCCGAGCUGGCUAGCCUCAACGCAGGCACUGCCAACACUUCAUCACCCACAGCACCCACAGCUGGAGGCUCGCCAGUACUCAAAGGCUACUUCGCCGACCCCAACAUCGCUGUCUUCAACCAGACAUAUUACAUCUACGCCACCACAGACGGCUUUCCUGGAUGGGGAGGUCAAGUCUUCUAUGCCUGGAGCUCGCCCGACCUCGUGAACUGGACACGCAGCGCAGAGUCCUUCCUCACAUUGAACGGCACCAGCGGCAACGUACCAUGGGCAACAGGCAACGCAUGGGCUCCCACCAUCGCCGAAAAAGACGGAAAAUACUACUUCUACUUCAGUGGUCAGAACCCUACAUACGACAGAAAGACUAUUGGUGUGGCUAUCGCAGAUUCCCCCACUGGCCCAUUCACCGCUGAGCCUACCGCCAUGAUUUUGAACAACGAGCGCCUCACGACUGGUCAAGCCAUCGAUGCCGAUGCCUUCCUCGACCCUGUCAGCGGAAAGUGGUAUCUCCUCUGGGGCAACAGCUACCCUCUUCUCGCAGAACUAGCCGACAACAUGACCUCGAUAAAAUGGGACACCGCACAAAACAUCACCGGCCUCGUUGACUUCCGCGAAGGUCUCUUCCUCGUAUACCGCAAAGGCCUUUACCACCUCACCUACUCCAUCGACGACACUGGCUCCGAGAACUACCGCGUCGGCUACGCCACUUCCACUUCCAUCACUGGAAAUUGGAAUUAUCAUGGUGUGGUGUUGCAGAAGGAUGUUGGUCAGGGGAUCUUGGCUACGGGACAUGACUCCAUGAUCAAUGUGCCUGGGACGGAUGAGUGGUAUAUUGCUUACCACCGUUUCGCGAUUCCUGACGGUGAUGGCACGCAUAGGGAGACGACUAUUGAUAAAGUUACUUUUGAUGAGGAGACGGGAUUGAUGAAUGUGGUUGUGCCUACGUUGAGUAGCGUGGAGCCUUUCCCUGUGCCUGCGAAUUGA